CACACCCGUAACGACAAGGCUUCCGCCACAGCCGUAGCGCAUCCGCCGCGACUCCGAGUCCGGACAACGGACACUCGCCUGCAGUCAGCGUUCGACUGGUUUGCCACUUCAAGUUGUGACGGUCAAUGUGGUCACCUGCAUGCCUCAUCAGCCCAGGUCAUCAUAACCUGUACAACGUUGUAGUAUAAGGUUAUGAUCACAACAUCCUUCUCCACUAAGGUUCAAUCAGGGCCUUUUUGCUGCGCUUCGAGAAGCCACUUGGUGCCAAUCAGGUUGAUACUCACCUGCCUGGGACCAGGGCUUCUUCCACUCAGACAAGAGGCCGCGUCAGAGCUCGGAGAACAGAGUCAAAUCGUGGCACCAAUCCAGCCUGCUCAACUGCACCACCAUCCCGGGGGCCUGAGUGAGCUUGGGGGCGUUUCAGCUGGGACAGUCCCCGUAGCAACCUACGGAAUAAUGCUGAUCAUAACUGCCCACGAGCAGAUUUGUGGUCAACUGAAUGGGCGUCUACCAGCAAGUUAGCCUCGGCCUGCCUAGGUAGACGGACGAUGUUGAUGCCGCCUCUUUUGCGCCCGUAUCACGACAUGGCCAGUCAUGAGCUCAUAAGCUCGCAGGGAAGUCCUUGACAACAGAGCGUCAGCAACUUGAAGACCUCGAAGCUUGCUGUCAGCGCCUUGGUGCCAGGCAAUGACUGGUCAGCCUUGUGCCAUGCAAAACCAGACCAGGCUGACUAGGGUCAGGUACCUAGGUACUUACUCAAGACCAGCAGGUAUGAGAGGGCAAGGCUGUCAAUGAAAAGCAAUGGACGUCAACCCGUGGGAGGCAUGCCCCGUUAAUAAAUAGUAGGCUUCAUGGGUUCUUCCAGCUGCUUUUCCCAACCCGAGCUAGCUUUUCUCCAUCAGUCCACAAGGGUCAUCUCCUAUCUCAACCGCCGAUAUCGUUCAGCGCACUGUUGCUUCGCAAGCAAAGAGGACGAACUCUAUCACUCUCACAGACCGUGCCCACCCACGUGGCCGGAGAUUCUCGAGACAGUCCUAUCAGUGAACUCAGCUACAUGUCGACGUGUAUAUCUACAUACGCUACUAUCAUAUACCUAUCUCGCGAUGUCCCCAACUGAGGGG